GAGAGAUGUGUUUUGUUCCUGAGGUGAAAACAUUUGUAUAGGUAGAUAGAGAAGGCGAGAAACGGAGAGAUUAGAUGGGCGCUGAUAGUAAGAAUGAUAGUAAAAUGCGGUCGAUGAAAGAGAAGAUAAAAUAAAUAAAUAAAUAAAUGAAUUAAAAAGCAAGAAAAACAAAUGAUUUGCUAAUCUAUAAAUACAUUAGAACGAAUAAAGGAAGAAGGAAAAUGAAAAACAAUGUCAUGAAGAGUUUAUGUAAAUGAAUGAUGAGGUGGAAGCUGCUGGAGAGUUGAGUAGCAACAGAUACAACGUUGUGGAUUUUACACGAGCGAGCAAUUCGGAAAGACGGAAAGACGGAAGAAAUCAGGAACUACAACCAACAAGUUGUGUUUUUACUAGAGGUAGUUAGAAGUAGAAAAGCAUGCAGCGAAGUGUAGAGCGUAGCGCUGUUGCUUCAUAGUGGACAGAUUACAAUGCGCGAACGUUGUGAAAUUAUGUGGAUGAAGGAAAAAGUACAGAGAAACUAGAGUUACGUGGACACAAAAAACAAUAUGAAAAUAUACAGAGAUAGACUUUGCUGAAAAAAGAAACUGUGUUGUGAGAGAAAGAUAACAUGCAUCACAACAACAUAAGCUUCAAGAUUACCUGUAACUACUGCUAGAAUUUUUCAAAGGCGAUUAUUUUUGUUCGAAUUUAAAACUUGUAAUAUAUACACUCCAUAUAUUUUACAUACACACACACUAACAUACACACGCACAUACAUACAUACAUACAUACAUACAUACAUGCAUACAUAUAUACAUAAAUAUAUAAUACCUCCGUACACACAUAUAUAUACAAACACACACACAUACGCACAUACACACACACACACACACACAUAUAUAUAUAUAUAUUUCUUAUACACUGCUCGUUUGUUCACAAAUACAAGUGUAUAUAUCACACAGAAAACUAAUCGACAAAAGAAGUGAAAGUUUACCUGCUGUAAAGGUACAACAUUUUCGAAGAUUAACAAUAAUACUGCUACUGCAAUUGGUGCUAUACUCUUUUUAGUUCUUUUACAGUUAAUAAUUCAUUUGUUUUUUCGUGAUAAUCUUUGUAAUUAUCACAAAGAUUAUAAUUACAGUUUUGUUUAUAUAUACAAGAUAAUUCGCUCCUUCGAAUUUAACACGAUUUACAAUAUAAGUAUGAAUGACAUCUAAUUUCAUUUAAUUCAUAAUUAAGUUGUAGUGGAGAUAAAUAUCAAAGAAAAGAAACGAGCGUUAUGCUCAGAAAUGACUGAAAAGAAUUAAAAAAAAAAAUAAUAACUAAAUAAAUACUGUUUUCUACUUUAGAAAUAUAUAUAUAUACCGAAGUACCCAGAUGGUUGGAAAUGAAAGGUGGAUGAUAAUAUUUCUAGUAUUUUAAACAUUGCAUUACGGAUAAUAAUAAUAAUAAUAAUAAUAAUAAUAAUAAUAAUAAUAAUAAUAAUAAUAAUAAUAAUAGUAAUAAUAAUCCCUUUUAACAUAGGUUGAAGGCCAAAUAAUUUCGGGAAAGAGGUUAGUGGAUCAAAUCUACCACUUCAAUGGACCGAAUUCGGAUACCAAACUCAUGAUAAUAAUAAAAACGUGAUAAAAGUAACAGAAAGGAGAAUAUGAGGAUGGAUACUAAACAGCAGCUGGUAGAAUUUAAGGAACAAAAUUGCAAACUUGGAGAAAAGAAAGGACGUUGAAGAAAGUAUACACAAGUACUUUGAAAGAAAGUGAGUAGUGAAUGCGAUUAUUAUAAAACUGCUACAGGUAUGUCUCUAAGUUUAUUUUGAACAUUGAUAGUGUUUUGUCAAUCUGACUACCUGUGUGAAGGUAUGCAUUGCAAUUUUGCGAACAGUAUUGUACAUUUUGGAGGUUUGAACGAAUGAGUUUGUCACAGGAGAAAAAUACAGAAUGAAGGAAACAGAGUUAUUAAGACGAAUAUUAUAUAAAAUAAAUCGAGGCACUGAGAGGAGAUGAACGUCUGAUUGAGAUAAAAAGAACCAGUCACAUGGAAAUUUAAAAAACAAAAAAAAUCGUCAUAUCUGAAGUAACAUGUCAGAUCGAAUCACCGGAAGUAAUUUUAUUGUAUCAUAAAUACUUUGUUUGUUUUCUUUUAAUAUAAUUUUUUUUGUAAAUAUGAUUUUUUUUUCUCUCCAUUAGAAACUCAGAAAUUUAACGUGACAAGUGACAAGAGAUAACUAAUCUAACAAACAAUUAUCGAUAUGCUCAGACACACCUACGGCAUUUCCGAGAGCUGUCUCCAAGUAAUAUAUAUUUAUUAUUAGUAGUUAGUUAUCACGUCAUAAACUAGAACAGGUCAUUUUCUUUUUUCUGCACAUGCCUCUAUAUGCUGUAACAUGACGGAGGCUUUCUUUUUUCUUUCUUUUUAAGUUAUAGCUUUACCAGUUGAUCACAUUGCUUACGUGUGUAUAAGAUAAUGACACUUUAAGAAGAAUAUAUGGAUUUACUAAACUUUUUACUUGAAACAGCAGUGUGUACAAAAUGGGCAUUUAACGCUUCACCGAACUGGACCCAACAAUCAACGAUUAAUGGAUGGAGCGCACUGGGGUUGUUCAUCUAUCUUCUUCCACCCCAUUAAUGAACACGUGCCAUAGAUACCUUCAGAAAAAUUUCCAGCCACAAGAUCCCACAAACUCAGCGAAAAUAAGUGUUUUAAAGCGGAUUCUUCGAUUUACAAAACGCUUGUGGUUGAUCCUUUCUUUCGUAUGUACCCUGAUGUGUAUAACCCUUUAUAUGUUUCUUUCAGCUAACUGUUGCCGGUUAUUAGAUCUUACUAGUGGAUUUCAUCCGGCUGUGCCUUUAGAAUCAUCAAAAUACGAAUUUGACAAUAGUUUGAAAGAAAAGUCUUUACCGUACCGAUUCCAAUGGAAUUUACCCGGUCGGAUACAUAAAAUUAACAGUCCUGUUCAUAGUAAAAAGACUUCUCGCCAUCAGAGUAAUUCAUACAAAAGAAAAAAAUCCAAAUCCGGAAAGCCAAUUGUGAAGAAAAAAACAAAAAUUCUCUACAGAUUCGCUAAGCCACCUGAAUCACAUAAAAACAUGCAUCCUGGUUCAUUAGUUUCUUCACAUACAAAACGAUCCAAAAGUUACAAAAGUAUGAAUGCGAAAGUUGGCAAUAAGAAACCAUACAAAAAGCGAUUAAACAGAGAACUGUUCCAAGCUUCAUUAGCAAUAAAUCAGAAAAACAUUUAUGCUGUAGUUGGAAAUGACAGCGGUGGAGGCACUCACUACGCUGAAAACAGGGUGAAGACAUUCGACCAAUUAUCGUCAGCAUGGCAAAACUCUUGGCUUCGUCAUGUAAAUGAGAAAAAAGACUUCACCCUUCAUAAUUACAGCACGCGAAAACAUAUCAUGUCUCUCUCAGAUUAUGAAAAAGGAAAUGAACAAACACGAACGGAUAGUCCAUUAAAAACUAGCAUGAACUCGAUAAAGUCGCCUGGAGUUAGAAACAGCCUGGUGCUAAGUAAAGAGUAUUCAAACCAUGAAUAUAUAAACAACAUCAACUCUAAAAACAUUAAAAACAAUACCAAAGACAACAGCAGCACAAUCUAUUUCGAAGAUAAUAUGUUAGAUGAAAAUAGAGACGGCAAUGACAACAAAGACAACAACAACAACAAUAAUAAUAAUAAUAGCAAAAACAACAGCAGGCAACAUGUUCAGUUACAAAGAAUUCGUCAUAACGCUACUAAAAAACUUCCGCAAGCUAUAAUUGUUGGUGUGAAAAAAUGUGGUACCAGAGCUCUUUUGGAAUAUCUGCGUUUGCAUCCCGAUAUGAAGGGCACGGGACCGGAACCUCACUUCUUCGAUAAACAUUAUGAUCGAGGCCUAGAAUGGUACAGGAAGAAAAUGCCUGCGACUAUCGAAGGACAAAUGACAAUCGAGAAAACUCCAAGUUAUUUUAUUACCAAAGAUGUUCCAAGAAGGAUAUAUAACAUGUCUAAAGAGAUGAAAAUCCUGAUAAUUGUACGUGAUCCAGUAACUCGUGCUAUUUCUGAUUAUACCCAAUUGGCCUCAAAAGGAAUUACCAAGAUGCAUCGCUUUGAAGAUUUAGCUUUUCUCAAUCUAUCGACACGUAUUGUUGAUACGAGUAGAAAUAUUAUACGCAUUGGUGUUUAUGCGAAAUACCUUGAACGAUGGCUGAAUUAUUUUCCAUUGUCACAAAUACAUUUCGUCAGUGGAGAGCAAUUGAUAUCAGACCCAGCUCGAGAACUUGGGCGGGUGCAAGAUUUUCUUGGCUUAAAAAGGAUAAUUUCGGAGAAGCAUUUCUAUUUCAAUGAAACGAAAGGAUUUCCAUGUUUGAAGAAAUCGGAAGGAAGCGGACACCCUCAUUGCUUAGGAAAAACGAAAGGGAGACCGCAUCCAACUGUUGAUAUAACAAUACUUAAACGCCUCAGAGAUUUUUACCGACCAUUUAACGAGAAGUUUUAUCGUAUGGUCAAUAGAGAUUUUCGUUGGCCCUAACCUUAAACAGUCAUAACCUUCUUCAUUCUCAUUACCAACAUCUCCUUCAUCAUAAAUGUAAUCACAAAAAAAGUUUCUCUGUUAUCGCUGUUGUUUUGAAAGCACAGCUUUUGUAGUUGGAAUAUAAUUUUUUCUAUGAAAAAUGUAAUUGAAAUCUGUGAAACAGGAGAAUUAUUCAAAUGAAUUACGUGGUAGUGGUUUGGUAACCAAACCAAGGUACAUGUCCAUAUCUUUUCUCCUAUUUUGUUUUACAGAACUCCUUCAGAGACGUGUCUUUUCCUUCCUUAGAACUAUUUUUGGUAAACCAUAUAUAUAUAUAUAUAUACAUAUAUACAUACAU